GUUUUAUCAAAGUUUUUUAAGAUACGUGUGUUGAUGAGCAAGCGUAGUACUCAGCGUUCUCUUAACUUUAUUCUAUGUUCUUUAUAUUAAUAUCGUUCUAUUUUCUUACAGGAACAGGAAAUAUAGUGGUCAUUAUGGUUAGUCACCCAAAAGGACGAGAAAUUUUGGAACUGGUACAAAAAGGAAUCCUAGUAAAAAUAACCAUACAGAUUGGAACCAGUCAUGUGCAGCUUAUUGACAGUCAUCAGCCUUUUGUUUUUGCGUUCAUCACUGUAAUGAUUAUCUCAUUAGCCUCACUAAUAUUUUACUGUGCACAGUAUUUCUUAUAUACUGGCUCACCAUUUAGAAAUCAGAGCUACAGAAAAGAAACUAAGAAAGUUAUUGGCCAGCUUCCACUUCAUACUGUAAAGGAUGGAGAAAAGGGUGUUGAUGUUGACGCUGAGAACUGUGCAGUGUGUAUCGAAAAUUUUAAAGUCAGCGAUCUCGUCAGAAUCCUACCAUGCAAGCAUAUUUUUCAUAGCACAUGCAUUGACCCAUGGCUUUUGGAUCACCAAACAUGUCCAAUGUGUAAACUUGAUGUCAUCAAAGCCCUGGGAUAUUGGACUGCGUCCCUGACAGUCUGA